AUGGCAAUUCUAUCAGAAAUCCUCCGCUUCGUUCUACCGCCCACCAAAGCCGAAAUGACAGAGUUUCUCAAGCUCCGGCAACACGUUUCACGUUGCUGCGGCAUCCACGACCAAUACUUCGGAUACAUCACCCCAGUCAAGUCCUCGGCCUUGCCGGUCAAAGAGAAUGAGAUGUGUUGGGUCAUUCGUUGGUUUUCCCCAACUUUCUAUCACACCCCUGCAUGGGGCAUUCAAUCACAAAUGAGGAUGAGGUCGCUGAUACUGUUCGCGAUGGCCCCAGAAUGGCCGCAUGGCUCCUCCAGCCUCAGCCAAGAUGCAAAGCUAACAGCCCAGCUGAAGAAGCUCACAUCAAGGCCCACCACCGAUCAGACAACAAGAGGAGCGACGUCUCUUCUCUUCCGAUUCGAAGAAUCCCAAGUCCCAGAGUUGAAGAAGGCACUGGAAGCUCCUGUUUGUGAGUUUGCAAUCAUAAACCUCACGCCGAACCACCCAUCCAGAACAGCAGACUCUCCCUUCACCAAGUCCAUGCACAAGACGUACACGGACUGCUACCACUAUCCGGGCUUCACGGGCGGGAACUGGUCGUACGCGGUGAACACGAAUGACACGAGCGGCGUGGCUCUGGCUCCCGACGACGGUAUUGAUGGUGCUGGCGGUGCUGCUGCUACGACUGACAAAGGGGAUCAUCAAUGGAAGGGAGACGAAGAAGAAGAAGAAGAAGUUCCAGAACCCGAGCGGCGACUCGCGUGCUACUACUUGGGAUGGGAUACGAUUGAGCACCAUCAAGAAUUUUCCAAAACCCCCCUGUUCUUCGAAGAGAUCAAUAAACUUGCGCCGUACUUCGGGCCCGGGACAGGAGCGUGGUAUGUCAUGUUUGAGAGGCACACCAAUUCUCUGGAGUCGGGACCGUGA